CUACCGGGAGGUAUAUUCCAGCUUCAAGGACAUCCCCAGGACCUCGACCGAACAGACCAGUCGUUCUGAAUAUAGAUCGCGUUUACUCGUCAUCACGGCGAGCAGAAUGGUUCACGAAGGACCGUUGUUGAAGUCACAGCGGGUAAACAGUGCCCUCAUUUCAGCAAAUUCAUGCGGGACAGAUGCUCCGUUCCGCAAACGGUCGUCACUACCCACGCUGCCACGGCGCGGUCCUCUCCAAAGCCAUGGGCCGCACCCCAAUACGCUCCACAAGAGGAAAUUUCGUCGACUGGUCAGAUUGCAAGCAAUAUAAUUAUAUUAGUUCCCCCGUCACACACGCAUCCUACUUUGCCCUACUUUUCCAUCGACUUGCAUAUACCCGAAAUGUUUCAUACCCUGCGAUUCUGCAAGCAGCAGCACUCUGCAUGAACACGAACGCAGGACAGGCACUGGACUUCAUCGACAGGGAAAUUUCCCGAACAAAACAUCAUCCCCAACUCAUCAUCACGGCGCUUUUCGCUCGCCGGCCUCCCCUAGCCGCCCAUCGCCGGCGACCCUGCUUUGCUCGUUCUCCUGAAGCACGAAUCUCACCUCACAGCAAGGUCGUCGGCCUCGGCCCCAGCGCCAACGCUCAGCAGCAAGCAUUAUUUACCGAGCGGACCCCUCAACAGGAACCCAAGCCCCUACUCCCGGGCUCUCCCUCCCCUGCUCAGUCCAACAACCGUCCAAUACAGCUUUACACAAGACACGAAGAAUUGCUUACCUGCAGGCCACGCGACGUCUGACACAACGCUUAUUGCAGCCAACGGCGUCGUCGAUCUUUCCGGGGCGCUCGUGUAUGCCGCGCACGCGUGGCUAGUACAAUACUUGCGGCGGCUUAACCUGCUCCAGGGCCCACGAUAACACCGACGUUAUAGACCGAUGUCCUGAUUCGGCGCGGGUGGGUUCGGAUGGGCAGCGGGUAUGGAGGAUGACGGCCGUGGGGGAAUGCAGUUCGGAUUCGCACACAGCUAUUCUUAGGGCAAGCUGCAGGUUUCCGAGACGGAUGAGCCUGCCCGGGUUUGCAGCGGAAGGUUCGGCGCGCGCGUGGUGUUGAGGCAGGCGAG